AUGAAGAAUCUCUCAGUGGUGACUGAGUUCAUCCUGCUGGGCAUCCCACACACAGAGGGCCUGGAGACCAUGCUCUUGGUCCUGUUUUUGUCCUUCUACAUCUUCACUCUUAUGGGAAACUUGCUAAUCAUAUUGGCAAUUGUCUCUUCCACUAGGCUUCACACUCCCAUGUAUUUCUUCCUGUGCAAGUUAUCUGUGUGUGACAUAUUUUUCCCUUCUGUGAGUUCUCCCAAGAUGCUCUUCUACCUCUCAGGAAACAGCCGAGUCAUCUCCUAUGGAGGCUGUGUGUCCCAGCUCUUCUUCUACCAUUUCCUGGGUUGUACUGAGGGUCUCCUGUACACAGUGAUGGCCUAUGACCGCUUUGUGGCCAUUUGUUACCCUCUACGCUACUCCAUAAUCAUGAGCCACAGAAUGUGUGCCAUCCUGACUGUGGGGACAUCGUUUUUUGGCAGCAUUCAUGCCACCCUUUUAAGCACUCUCACCUUCCAGUUGCCCUACUGUGGCACCAAUGAGGUGGACUAUUACUUCUGUGAUAUUCCUGUGAUGCUGAAGCUGGCUUGUGCAGACACUUCAGCUGUGGUGAUGGUGGGGAUUCUCAGUGUGGUCCUCUUGCCUCUCAGCUGCUUUCUUCUCAUCCUCACCUCCUACAGCUUCAUCAUCUGCUCCAUCCUGAAGAUCCACUCUGCUGAGGGCAGACACAAAGCCUUCUCUACCUGCAGUGCUCACCUCACUGCCGUCCUCCUUGCCUUUAUGCCAGUGGUCCUCAUCUACCUGCAGCCCACCCCCAACCCCGGGCUUAAUGCAGCUGUACAGGUCCUGAAUAACUUGGUCACCCCUAUGCUGAAUCCUUUGAUUUAUAGCCUAAGAAAUAAGGAAGUAAAAGGUUCUCUGAGGAAAGUGCUCAAGUGGCCUUUGCUUCUGAUAAGUGUUAAAGAAAAGAAGAGAAGCUGA